AUGAAUACUUUCACACCUGUACCAUGUGUGCAGGAGGAGGUGUCGGACGGCCUGCUGGUGGCGCUGGAGAACACACAAACUGCUCUGUUACAAGGACUGAAGCCAGAGAACAGUCCCAUUGUCAUCCACCAGGGGGACAUCUCUCUCAUGGUGCACAGGGAGGAGAGCGACCCGGGGGAGAAGGUCCAGAGGGAGGGGAGCGACCCGGGGGAGAGGGUCCAGAGGGAGGGGAGUGACCCGGGGCAGAGGGUCCAGAGGGAGGGGAGUGACCCGGGGGAGAGGGUCCAGAGGGAGGGGAGUGACCCGGGGGAGAGGGUCCAGAGGGAGGGGAGUGACCCGGGGAAGAGGGUCCAGAGGGAGGGGAGUGACCCGGGGGAGAGGGUCCAGAGGGAGGGGAGUGACCCGGGGGAGAGGGUCCAGAGGGAGGGGAGUGACCCGGGGAAGAGGGUCCAGAGGGAGGGGAGUGACCCGGGGGAGAGGGUCCAGAGGGAGGGGAGCGACCCGGGGGGAGACCCGGACCAGGUCCAGUCCCAGACCCAGAUCCCGGACUGUCCUCAGUCCUGUCCCUGGUUCAGCCUCAGUUCUCUGCCCCUGGAGCUGUUUGAGAAGGACUCUAUGGUGGACCUGCAGGUGGUGGCGCUGCAGAAGAACCCGUUUGAGUGGAACUCCAGAGGGAACGUGUCGGCUCCCAUCGUGUCGCUGAAGCUGGGACAGAACCAGGCCAGACCAAUCUUCCUCCAGAACCCGCUCUGGAACCUUCUGAACAGCAGCGUCCUGGACCUGAGUAACUUCAGCACCACAGUCCUGCACCUGCCCCCCCCACAGAGCAGCCCCCCCCUGAGGGAGCCCACACUGAUGGUUCCCUCUGAAAGUGUUUUACCCAUGAAGGUUUAUCUCGGAGCCGAGCAUCCGAACGAGACCAGCCACAUCGCCAUGACAACGCUGCCUCACCAGGGAGACACCAUGGAUGAGCGCUACACGUGGCUGCUCGGCCCUUCUGAGCUCAGGGGCCACUCGGGGCCCUUGUUUCUGCUGGUGCGCCCCCUGGUGGGUCCUGGGGUGAAGACCAUCAACGCCUCUCUGUCCAUCACACCAGUCUACACCCGCUGCAACUUCUGGAAUCAGAGCGAGAGAGAGUGGAGCUCCGCAGGCUGCAGGGUGGGCCCCGGUACCACACCCUCACACACUCAGUGCCUCUGUGAUCACCUGACGUUCUUCGGGGGCUCGUUCUUCGUGACCCCGAACCUUGUGGACCCCUCGCGCUCCGCGGAGCUGUUUGGUUCCUUCACAGAGAACCCGGUGGUGGUCUGCCUGGUGGGGGCGCUGUUCCUCACGUAUCUGCUACUGCUGCUGUGGGCGCGGCGCAAGGACCAGCAGGACACGGCCAAGGUGAAGGUAACAGUUCUUGCAGAUAACGACCCGUUUCAUCAGUAUCAGUAUUUAGUGACUGUGAAGACGGGACACAGACGAGGAGCCUCCACCACAGCUCAGGUGACCUCCUCCUGUCCUCCUCCUCCUCACCUCCUCUUCACCUCCUCCUCUCUCCCUCAGGUCACUCUGGUCCUUGUUUGCUCUUGCGCGUCCUCCUCGUCCUCCUCCUCACCUCCUCCUCUCUCCCUCACGUCACUCUGGUCCUGGUUUGCUCUCUCUCCUCCUCCUCCUCUCCGCACCUCCUCACCUCCUCCUCUCUCCCUCAGGUCACUCUGGUCCUGGUUUGCUCUCUCUCCUCCUCCUCACCUCCUCCUCCUCACCUCCUCCUCUCUCCCUCAGGUCACUCUGGUCCUGGUUGGCGCUCUUUCCUCCUCCUCCUCUCCGCACCUCCUCACCUCCUCCUCUCUCCCUGAGGUCACUCUGGUCCUGGUUGGCGCUCUCUCCUCCUCCUCCUCUCCGCACCUCCUCACCUCCUCCUCUCUCCCUCAGGUCACUCUGGUCCUGGUUGGCGCUCUCUCCUCCUCCUCCUCUCCGCACCUCCUCACCUCCUCCUCUCUCCCUCAGGUCACUCUGGUCCUGGUUGGAUCUCGCGCCUCCUCUUCUCCGCACCUCCUCACAGACUCCCAGAAGCCGGUGUUUGGUCGAGGAGCCACAGACAGGUUCAUCCUGAAGACAGAGGACAGUUUGGGGGAGGUGCAGUCGGUGCGGCUGUGGCACAACAACCGAGGAGGUGACCCGGACUGGUCUGGGUUGUGUGCUCCUCUGGUCUCAGGUCUGGGUUGUGUGCUCCUCAGGUUUGUAAGUUCUGUGAUGGUCCAGGACCUUCAGACCGGGUCAAACGUCAGGGUUCUCUGUGACUCCUGGAUCGGUCUGAACAUUGGAGACGGAGCUCUGGACCGAGUGUUUCCCACGGCAACGGAGGAGGAGCUGAAGCGCUUCAGGUUUGUGACCUGUGACAAUGUGACCUAUGACCCUGUGACCUAUGACCAUGUGACCCUAUGA